AAAAUAUUCAAAGGCUAACAAUUUUGACGACAAUAAAUUAAAAGAAAAAAAUAAUGGUAAUAGUGGUAAUGAGAAUAGAGGCAUAAUUGAUUUUCGAGAGGAAGAAGAAAACCAUAAAUGA